AUGAGGAGAACGACAAGCUUGACGGAAUUCAAUAUGGAUCUAAGCAACCCAGAAGAAGCUCCGGCAACCUCUGAUUCUAUGGUUCAGAACACCAUAAAAGAGCGGCUAAAAGCUGUAGGCCAUGAAGGUUCUUCCAGAAGUAACCAACAGGGUAGUGGUGGUGGUGGAUUUGGGUCAGAUGGGUUCGAUUACCGGCUUAUGGCCGCUACUAUCUCUCCCAGAACAACCCAUACGAGGAAUUCCAGCAAUUUCAUUGAAACACCUCACUUCUUAAGAGCUUGUAACCUCUGCAAGCGCUGCCUUGGCCCUGGCCGUGACAUCUACAUGUAUAGGUCUAUAUCUUAA